AUGGAAGACGAAGACGUUGCAAUUUGUCUGCUACUCAGUCUUCCGAAGAGCUACGAAAAUGUGGUGCUCAACAUGGAAAUGAGCAGCACCGAGCUUCGCACUCAAGAUGUGGUGAGAGUCCUGACGAAUGAGCAUGCCAAGCGUCAAGGAGAAAAAGGGACAACGACAGCGACUACGGUGAAGGCUGAAGAUGCAAGCAAGGCAUUCAGCGCCGAGCGUGAGCCCUACCAAUGCACGUAUUCUGGCAAGGUGGGACACACGGUGGAUCGUUGCUGGACAAAGCAGAAGAACGAAGGCAAUGGCUACGAUCGAGUGGCGUUUGCAGUCUCGUUCGAAUGUGGAGUUUCGACGAGCAAGGACGUGUCUGGAAUGUGGGCCGUCGACAGUGGUGCAACGCACCACAUUUGCCACGACAAGACCAAGUUCGCAAGUUUGGCAGAGCGCAAUGAGGGCGAACUCUUGGUGGCUGAUGGCAACAAGGUGGCCAUCAAGGGUGUGGGAACCAUCAUGGAAAAGGUGGUUCUGCCCAACGGUGAAGAGCGUGAGAUCGAAAUCAAGAACGCGCUAUAUGUUCCAAGUAUGAGCAAGAACCUGCUCUCGGUGCCACAGAUUAACAGCCAUGGCAAGUUUCAAGUCGUGUUUGACGGUUCCAAGAUGUAUGUGACUCUCAAGAACUCACAGCAAGUGGUGGCGACAGCGGAUCUCGUGGAUGGACUCUACUGGCUUCGGACGACUCAACGAUCAGCGAAUGUGACAACAAGUGGAACCAGUUGUGCCGAUCUACAUGCGAGAAUGGGUCAUGCUCCAGUCGAUGUACUUCGCAAGAUGAUCGCGACCAACAUGAUCAAGGAUGUGCGAGUCCCUCUCAAGUCGGGUGGAGCAACUACAUGUCGAGGAUGUCAACAAGGGAAAAUGGUCCAAAAACCAUUUCCAAGUAACCGAGACAAGCGCAGCUACGAUACGUUUGAGCUACUUCAUCUGGACAUCUGCGGGCCCAUGGAAAAGGAUUCGCUCGGUGGCAGCAAAUAUUUGCUGCUGAUCAUCGACGAAGCCAGUGGAUGCAUGAAGGGCUUUUGUCUACGAGUGAAGUCCGAGAGUGAAGACUACAUCCGGAAAUAUAUCACCAUGGUACAGACGCAAUUCUGUAAGAAGGUCAAGUUCGUGCGACACGACGGAGCUCGCGAGUUUGCAACCAACUCGCUUCAACUGUUCUACGAAGACGAAGGCAUUGAACAGCAGACAACGGUGCCGUAUGCACAUCAAACAAACGGAACAGCAGAGCGUGCCAUUAGGACUAUUGUCACGAUCGGCCGCAGCAUGCUUCAUCAUGCCAAACUGGACAAGUGUUUCUGGGCCGAAGCAGCGAUGACGGCCAUCUACGUCAAGAAUCGACUGCCGUCACCUAAAGUCGUGCACAAGACCCCGUUUGAGAUCGUCUACAACUUGAAACCAAGCGUCAAGCACAUGCGAACAUUCGGGUGUCAGACAUACAUACUGACGCCUAAAGAGAAUCGACUCAAGUGGGAUCCAAAGGCUCGCGCUGGCAUAUUCGUGGUCUACGAAGAAGUUUCGAAGGCAUAUCGUGUUUAUGACAUCGAGGCGGGGCAGGUGGUUAUCAGCCGCGAUGUCAACUUCGACGAGUCCACCUUUGGACUUCAACUGCCGAUCACUGAUGAAGAUGUCGAUGACCUGGACUUCGAAUUGCUGGAUCUUGAUGACGAAGAGCUGCGUCAAAUGGAGUACAAGCAAACAGGCAAGCGCAAGAACCGACUCAAUGAUGAAGAUACAGCAGCUCCACGACCGCGUGCAGUGCGUCAACGACCAGGACUAGAAGAGUCAAGCGCGCCGGAAAACAACUCGUCACGACAAGAAGAAGACGAAGAAACGAAGGAUUCUGGUGAUUCAACACCGCCUGUGUUUUGGCGUGCGAGUGCAAAUGCCGUUGAAGCAGCAGUGGACUUAUCAGAACCCUCAACAUUUGAAGCAGCAGUAAGCGGCCCUGACCAAGUGCACUGGAGAAAAGCAAUUCAUGCAGAGCUCGAGUCAAUGCGACUUCGCGGUGUGUUUCGUGCAGCCAAGCUGCCCAACGGACAACGCGCCAUUGGCACAAAAUGGGUGUUCAAGAUCAAGCGCAAGGCGGAUGGGUCAAUCGAGAAGUACAAGGCACGACUUGUGGCCAAGGGUUUCCGCCAAAAGUAUGGCAUCGACUACACGGAGACGUUUUCGCCUGUGGUCAAGUAUGUGACGCUGCGAAUGGUGAUCGCAAUUUCCAAGCAUUUUGGAUGGCCCAUCGACCAGCUUGAUGUGGUGACAGCUUUCCUGUAUGGCGUCAUGAAGGAACAAGUGUUCUGCGUGAUUCCUGAAGGCGUCGAACUUGACACGUCGCGAGUGUGGAACGAGACGUUCGACGAGUAUGUGUGCUCCAUCGGAUUUCAAGUAUCGGACUUCGACCCAUGUCUCUACAUCAAGACUUCGGACGGCCAUUGCGUGUUUAUACUGGUCUACGUGGACGACGUCUUGGUGACUGGAAGCUCGCUCGAGCUGAUUGCACAAACCAAGAACGACCUGAAGACGCGGUUCGAAAUGACGGACAGCGGCAAGUGUGCGUUUGUUCUUGGGAUCGAGCUUUUGGACGGUGAAGAUGGCAGUGUGACACUAUGUCAGCGUCGGUAUGUCGAUGAUAUCCUCAAGCGCUUUGGCAUGGAUGAUUGCAAGGCAGUCGCAAGUCCAGUCGACAUGAGCUCUCGACUUGUUUCAAGUGAUGCAACUACCAAGGUCGAUGCUCCUUUUCGCGAAGCUGUUGGUGCGUUGAUGCACCUGACCACUGCAACGCGUCCGGACAUUGCGUUUGCUGUGGGCUAUGUGUCGCGGUUCAUGGAAAAUCCCCAAGAAGAACACUGGGUUGCAGUUAAGCGUAUCUUUCGCUACCUACAAGGCACCAAGACGCAUGGAAUUUGCUACAAGCCAAGUGCAAGGAUCGACUUCCGUGGAUAUUCGGAUGCGGAUUGGGCUGGUGAUCUUACCGACCGCAAGUCAACAUCGGGGUACACGUUCAUGCUACUCGGUGCGCCAGUCAGUUGGGGCAGCAAGAAGCAGCCAAGUGUUUCGUUGUCCACGAGUGAAGCCGAAUACAUCGCACUCAGCUUGGCAAUUCAAGAGGGCAAGUGGAUUCAUCGUCUGCUUUGUGAGAUCGUGAUGGCUGCCAAUGAAGAAGGACCGGAACUCAUGAUCCAUGAAGACAAUCAGUCGUGUAUCAAGAUGACGAAGAACCCAGUCAACCACGGCCGUGCCAAGCACAUUGAUAUCAAGUACCAUCACAUCCGUGAUGAGGUCAAGCGCGGUGAAGUGAAGCUCAAGUACUGUGAAACUGCGGUGAUGUUAGCGGACAUCAUGACGAAGGGACUUCAUAAACCACGCCACAAGGAGAUGACGACGGCUCUCGGGAUUCGUGAGCAUUCGGAUUGA